AAACGACACUAUUUUGUACUAACAUCGAAGACUAGCUUCGUAUUAGUUGUUAAAUACUCAAAUAUAAAAGACAGGACCACAAAAAAUAUUCAAAGGGAUUAUUAAAAUGCCCCCCAAUGUGGAUCCAACGCCCAGUGGCGUUCUUUUUGAAACAGACACUCAGACUGAAGAUUUGGGUCUCGAGAAAGAUGUAUCAGUUUUAAAGAAGGCGAAACCAAGAAAAUACGAAUAUGUUUAUUUCAACAUAUUCUGGUUCAUAUUCUUACACACUGGUUCUCUGUAUGGGAUUUAUUUGGCAUUGACACAAGCGAAAUGGCAGACUCUUGUUUUCGCGUUUGCGGUCCACCUAAUGUGUGCUAUCGGAAUAGGCGCUGGUGCACACAGAUUAUGGACACAUAGAAGUUAUAAAGCUAGAACACCUCUUCGUACAGUUCUUAUGCUAUGGCAAACUAUGGGCUUCCAGGACGACAUCUUCGAAUGGGCUCGGGACCAUCGCACACACCAUAAGUACGCGGACACUGACGCCGAUCCCCAUAAUGCAGAACGUGGACUCUUCUACUCUCAUAUGGGUUGGCUUUGUUGCAAGAAGCUUCCUGAAGUAGUGGAAGGCGGACAUCGCCUUGAACUUACAGAUUUAUAUGCCGAUCCCGUGGUCAUGUUUCAAAGGAAACAUUACCUCAAGCUAAUGCCCCUCUUGUGUUUCGUACUGCCGACGGUCAUUCCCGUCUACUUUUGGAACGAGACUUGGACCAGUGCAUUCUUUAUCCCGACAAUUCUUCGCUACACUUGCGGUCUUAACAUAGUUUGGAGUGUAAACAGUUUCGCACACACGUUUGGAUAUCGGCCCUAUGACAAGUCACUGAAUCCUCGCGAAAAUAUUGGUGUAUGGAUGAUUUGUGUAGAAGGUUUCCAUAACUAUCACCACACAUUCCCUUGGGACUACCGUGCAAGUGAACACCCCUUCUUUAACAUGCUUACACCAACAAUAGUGUUUAUCGAUAUUAUGGCUAAGAUCGGACAAGCUUAUGAUUUGAAGACAGUAUCACCCGAAAUUAUAAAGCAAAGAGCUCAGCGGACCGGCGACGGAACUCAUAAACUUUGGGGUUGGGAUGAUCCCGAGUUUACAGAAAAAUUAAAAUCGCGUUAUAGUGUUAUCCAUAAUGAAGAAAAAAAAACUGCUUAGUUUUAUGAAUCAAAAUUACGACGUAAUAUAUUAAACGUAAGACUCUACUGUUGAUGAAAACUUUGUAUUAAAUUAAAUAUGUAUUAAACGAACAAUAAAAUA